CGCACCCCCCGCGUACGCACUCUAGACUCUAGCACGCACGCACGCCAAAUUUUCAAUAUGGAGGUUCAUCGAAGAUUAGCGUUAUAAUUUGUAAAUGCUUGAAUUUUUGUGUUUUGAGCUUAAUAUGUUAUAUUUUACUAGUCGUGAUAUAGGAAAAAGUGAAUUUUAAGGUUUAUAGCCUUUAUUUAUUAAUCUGGUGUAGUCACCUGAUCAACGGCGUUUUACGCUUGGCGAGCUUUUGACGCCACCCACACCAUUUUAUCCUUUCAUUUAUUGAUUUUCUCUUCCUUUUACAUCCAAGAUGAUGAUGUACACGGGAACCAGUACUGAGCAGGAUACCCGCUUCAGUGAUAAGGAGAAAAAGCUGAUGAAGCAAAUGAAGUUUGGAGAUUGUUUGACUCAACAGGUGGACAUGUCCAAAGUAAAGUUGGAUGUGCUGAAGCCUUGGAUCACUCAGAAGAUUACAGAAAUACUAAAGAUGGAAGAUGACGUAGUCAUUGACUAUGUCAACAACCAAUUGGAAGAAAAGUUCCCAUGCCCAAAGAAAAUGCAGAUCAACUUGACUGGAUUUCUGAACGGCAAGAACGCACGCCUGUUCAUGGGCGAGCUGUGGGAGCUGCUGCUGAGCGCGCAGGCCAGUGAGAACGGGAUCCCGGAGUCCUUCACGCAGCAGAAGAAAGAGGAGAUUAAGAAGCGAAUGGAAGAGCAGAAGGACAAGGAGAAAGACCGCCGGCGGUCGCGCUCGCGCUCGCGCAGACGCUCGCGCGAGCGCCGCCGCUCCAGGGACCGCUCCGGGGACAGGAAGCAUCGCAACGGCGGCAGUCCGCGGCGCUCGCGGCGUCGCAGCCGAGACAAGAGCAGCCCCGCGAAGGCGCACGUUGAUGACAUCAAGUUACCUGAACCUAAAGAAAAUGGCAAGUCUCCUGAAAAGAAGCUAGAUGACGAAGUAAAAGAAGAGGUGAACCAUAACACUACAACAGAGUCUAAUAAGGAGGAAGAAAAGGGACCGGAGGAGAACACUGACAUAGAAGAAAAAGAUAGGCCGAAGUCCAGAUCUGUAUCCCCUGAAAAGUCCAGCAAUGAGAAGACUAAAGAAGACAAGCCUGUAGAAAAACGGCGGUCAUCCAGUGAAAGACGGUCUUCAUCUGCCUCAUCACGCGGGAGCGCUAAGAAGAGGACGUCGUCGCACAAGAAGCGCCAAUACCGCUCCAACCGCGACUCGUCCACCAGUGUCAGUCCUAGGCGCAGCUCUCGCAGGGAAAGGAGCAAGUCCCGUCGUCGCAGCAGCCGCCGCUGGUCUGUGGACCGCCGCGAGCGCGAGCGAGAGAGGGAGCGCGAACGCGAGAGGGAGCGAGACAGGGAGAAAGAGCGACGGAGAAGGGAGAGGGAGCGGCGCGAGAGGUCGCGCGAACGUCGCCGAUCGCUCGAAAGACGCAGACGUUCGCGGUCUCGCUCUCGACGACGUUCGAGGGACAGGUCCCGCGAGCGCGUGCGGCGCUCCCGCUCGCGGCGACGCUCGCGCUCGCGCCGGCGCUCGGGCCGGCUGUCGCGCGAGCGCCGCUUGUCCCGCGACCGCCGCUCCAGGUCCAGGGAUAGGAGAUCCAAAGACAGAGGAAAGGAUACAAGAUCGCGUGAUAGAAAAUCACGUGAGAAGAGAUCUAGCGACAUCAUCAAAGAACGUUUAGAGAAAUCGGUUUCCAUACCCAGGAAAGAAAACUUGGAAAAACUUAAGAAAAAAUCGGUUGACGUUGAACGUGUUUCCGUAUCACGGGAAAUUUCGAAAGAUCGCGUGAUUUCCAGUACCAGUAGGGAAUCUUCUGCCGCGCGCGACAAAUCAGCAUCACAAAAUGAAAGCAAAGCCAAGGCAUCUCAUUCAUCUGACGAAGAGGAAAAGGACGAUUUCAUAACAAUCCCAACUUUACGUGAGUAUUCAAAGAGUCUUUCACGUACACCAUCACCAUUCCUUAGAAAACAUGAGAUUGAGAAUAACAAAAAGUCGGAAAGAUCGGGCGAUGAUGGUUCUGGAAAAGGUCAUGUUGAAGAAAAUAAACCUAAAGAAAAAGAUCCUAAAAAAGGAAAACGUAAACAUCACUCCGAUUCUGAGAGCGAAAGCGAAAGUGAAGAAGUUGCUAAAUCUAAGAGCAAAGCAAAACUUAAGCGUAAAGAGAAAGCUACUUCAAAGAGAAGUAAGAAGCUCAAAAAAGAAAGCUCUUCCAGUGAAAGUGAUUCUGAGGAGUCCUCCUCGAGCGACACUGAGGAAGAAAGAAAAAAGAAAAGUAAAAAGACUUCAAAGAAGAAGCUGGCCAAGAAAUCUAGAAAGAAGAGAGCUCGUUCAUCAAGCUCUGAGUCCAGUUCAGAGGAAGAAGUCAAACACAAAACUUCCAAGUCUAAACAAAAGAACAUUCCAGAAGAAUCGGAUAACGAUAAAAAGUCCAAAAAACGAAAAGACGCUGAAAGCAUGGAACGUUCAAGAUUGGAAAAAUCUGACACAAAGCUGUCAAAAUCUAAAAAAGUUGAGUCUGAAGAUUCACACGACGAAAGUUCGGAAAGUGAUGAAAAAUCCAAAAAGAAAGUUGGUAAACGAGAUACUAGUUCUGAAAUGGAUAUCAAACGUAGCAAGAAAGCAGAACUAUCUAAAGAAAAAUUGAUUUCACCUGAGACAGGGAAGGCAAAAAAGGGAGAAGAGAAAUUGGCAAAAGCCAAACAUAUCGAGGAAGUCAAAACAAAGACGCGAGAUGAAAGUGAAAAGAGAGGAAAGAAACGCGAAAAAGAAGAGUCUUCAUCUGAUAGUGAUCAAGUAACUAAAAAGAAAUCUAAGAAGAAGGUUUCUGAAUCUGAAUCAGAGUCGGACAGUGACGAGCCUAAGAAAUCUAAAAAGAACAAGAAACACAAAAAGCAUUCGAAAAAGCAUAAGAAACAUAAAAAACAUAAGAAGUCUUCGAAAAAGAAAGAUGAUUCCUCCGACAGUGACGAAGCCGAAGAAGAGGAAGAGGGCAAGGUAAACAAUGAGGACUUGGAGAAAAAAUUACGCGAAAGAGCGUUGAAAUCCAUGAAGAAACAGACUAGUGCAUCUGGUUCGGAUUAGCGUUAUGAUUUUAUUUGACACCACUUUGCAGAGUCGUGUAGUUAUGUACUAGAACUUAACGUUUUAAUUUUUAAAUAUUUUCAAUACAAUAUUGAUGUAUGAAAUAAGAUAACGUGUAUGUCAUAUUGUUAGAAAUAAAGUUUUAAAAAUAUAUAA